CUGACAGCUCGUCAGGCCGUCAAGCGAGGCGUCGUGGACUCUUCUCAUGUAUCUCUCGGUGCGUAUACUCGCAAGAAGAAGCAGCUGAACGAGACUGAGCUCGCCCUCAAGCGCGAAGAAACCGCGCGGAAACGCAAGAAUUUGUCUGAGAAGAAGCUCGAAGACGAAAAGACAGAGACGAUCAACCGACUCCUACGCAAACAGUCACGGGCUCGAGGCAAACGGAACGCGCUGGCCACCGCCGACGACGCUGAGGCCGAGCAGGAAGAGGCCGUCGAGGAGGCACCGCCCGAGACGCCGGUGCCAACCAUGUACCGAUGGGUGUCUACCAGUCGACCACCCGCGUCCAGGACGCCGUCGGCCAACCCGAAUCCUGACGGCGAAGCUAGCGGGCCGAUCCCGCUCGAGCCGGACCAGACGAGCGAGGAGAAGAGGCUACGCCUCUCGUUCUCGGUGCCCCUGUGCGCGUUUCCGGUUCCCCCUGCUCAGAAGUCGCAGGUGGGCGGCGACGCGAUGGAUGUCGUUCCACCCACUGUCAAGGCACACGCCGCUCCACAACCUUUGACGUGCGCGGUAUCAGGGUGCGGCGCGCCGAGGAAGUAUCGGCUCGUCAGGGACUGGACGAAGGGAGCUUGUGGUAUGGGCCAUCUGAAGCAGCUCGAGGCCGAAACCGAUUCCUCCAUCCGCAUCUCAUGA